AUGGCAUCCCGAACAUCGAUCAGAACCGUGCGGGUACCUCCAUUUCAAGCCUUACCACUCGGCGCACCUCCUCCCCCAACAGCGCUCGAAACGGAAGACUACUAUGGUGACUGGAGCAACCGACCCAGACUCGUCGCACGAUCAAACUACCCCGAUGAACAAUGGUCAGGGCUAUGCAACAAAUGGUCUCAAGUGGAAGCCUCACACCCCCUGAGGCAACUCAUGGCAAGACCUGAUAAAAUCCUCCAGCGGGAAUUUGCGAAUGCUCUUGAGUAUACAGAGUGGGAGAGCUUUGAAGCUGUCCGGAUCGGAAGUGCACAACAAGAGAGUAAAGUGAAGUUGUUGAUUACGGUUAAGACUGGAUCGAUGAAUUGGUUUGGUGGGUGGAUUGUUUCGAGGUGCUAUUUCAUCGACGAGUUCAACGAACCAUCAUCUACAGUGUCAUGGAUUGGGUCCAUACAAAUCUUUCUAUACUUCUUCAUUGGGAUCUUCUCAGGCCGGCUCACAGACGCGGGAUACUUCAGAUCAACUUUCUUCACGGGCUCUCUUGCCAAUGUUAUUUGCAUCCUCGCAGCUUCAUUCGGCUCCCAGCUCUGGAUCAUGUUUCUCACCCUUGGUCUCGGAGUUGGUCUCGGAAAUGGGUUCAUGUCUUGUCCCAUGCUCGCCGUUAUGUCGCAGUACUUUACCAAGCGUCGAGGGAUGGCGGUUGGGAUUACGAUGUGUGGGUCGUGUACUGGCGGGUUGAUAUACUCAGGCAUCAUGCGCCAGCUUAUCCCGAGCUUGGGGUUCCCUUGGACGAUGCGUGUCAUCGCCUUGAUACAGUUUGUCACAUUGGCCUUCGCGAACAUUUGCUUGAGACCUAGGUGCAGGGCAAAGAGAAUAUCUGGUUGGGUCGAUUGGACUGCGUUUCGCGACGUUCGAUUUAAUCUCUAUGCAAUUGCAACAUUCAUGUCACUACUGGGUUUAUACAUCUCAAUUUUCUUCAUCGUUGACUUCUCCCGAACGUCAAUUUCACCACCACUUUCGUAUCGCAAUGGUCUCAACCUACUCAUGAUCUUCAACGGCGUCAACGCCAUCGGCCGUUUCGGAUCUGGUCUUGCUGCAGACAAGUUUGGUGUAAUGAUAGUCUUCGUCCCCGUCUUGGCUGCAACAGCCAUCGCCCUCUUCGCUUGGAUUCCCGUUAAGGCAGUUCCUAGUAUGUAUGUAUGGACUGUAUUCUGCGGGAUAUUCUGUGGUGGCAUCCAGAGUUUGUUUCCAGCGGGUCUUGGAUACCUUACUGCUGGGACAGAACAACCUGGGACGAGAAUGGGCAUGAUCUUUGGACUGGGCAGUAUUGCGAGUCUGAUUGGGUCACCGAUUGGAGGAGCUUUGGUUGGAGCGAUGAAGGGCAAUUAUUUGGGUGCUCAGGCAUUUGGAGGUGCAACAAUGGGCUUUUCUGCGCUGUUUCUUGAAGCUGUUCGAAGGGCGGACAGAAGGAGGAUCUGCGACUCCAAGGGCGACAGAGAGGCCUAUAGUAAUGAUGGCGCUACUACAAUCCCGAGCGACUUCCCUGACUUCAGUGACCUGCUCGACCAGACCGGUUUUCCUCAGCUUGGCUUCGCCUCCUUUCAGACCCCGUUCAGUGAUGAAGUCAAUCCCCAAUUAUUACACCCUGCCCCAGGAUUAGGAGACAACCUGGGGUCCGGAAACGACCUACAAGACAACUCAAUUUCCCCGUUUCGUCCCGCUGAAACUCUAGCUCCCAUCACAUCAAACACACGGGCUGAAGCAAGCACCAUCUCAACUCCGCCACCCAAAACUGGCAAGCGACUCUCUCUCAACUCAGUUCGCAUUCUCAACAAGUGGCUUUCGAAUCAUACACACCACCCUUACCCUAGCGUCAGAGAUGUUGAAGCGAUCGAGAGGCAGACGGGGUUGACUCGACAACAAAUCCUGAACUGGUUUGCCAAUGCUCGUCGCAGAAAGAAGUUCAACCCACCAGAAACAACGGAUCCAAGCUCGGCAGAGGCUAGCCCCCGAGACAUACCCCUACGUAGACCACCUACGCCAACCGUCCAACAAAGUCCACUUGAGCGAUGGGAGAACUCACCACCUGAAGACGAGCCAUCGACCAUGGCUGCUAUUGCAAGGGCAGUAUCGGGCGCAAGCGGUGACAUCGACCAAUCCCAUGAUGCAAGAACGAGACACGGCAGGGCACCAUCGUCAACUGGCACCUGGGCGACAACCGACACUUCUGAUUCGAGUCGAAGCUCUCAAGCCUCGGGCUACUCAAAUACGUCCCGUGGGUCACUCAGAAAAGUCAUCAAAAAGCGUCGAAGGGGGGGUCUACGGGCAAGAAAUGAUGAAAGGAGCGGCCUUUCAGUGGCUUGUCAUCGUUUUCAGUGUACGUUCUGCACUGAGACGUUCAAGUUGAAGCAUACCUGGUCAAGACACGAAAAGACACAACAUCUUUCGCUUGAGCAAUGGGAAUGCUCCCCACUUGGCCCAACUGCUCUCAACCAGGGAUCCGAGACUGUCUGUGUUUACUGCAGUGUUGUAGAUCCCGAUAUCAGUCACCUUGAGGAACAUAACCAUGACUUGUGCCACAAACGCGAAAGAGGAGAGCGGAUUUUCUAUAGAAAGGAUCAUCUACGACAACAUCUUCGACUUGUCCACGGAUCAGAGUUCAUGAAGUGGCCGAUGGAGGAAUGGAAGUCUAAGCAUGAGGAUGUCAUAUCACGUUGCGGCUUCUGUAAUAUUACUAUGACGACAUGGUCAGAGCGGGCGAAUCAUCUAGCGGAGCAUUUCAAGGAGGGGAGGACCAUGGCAGAUUGGAAAGGGAAUUGGGGCUUUGAUGCUGUAACGCUUGAUAUGGUGGAGAAUCAUAUGCCUCCUUAUCUCAUUGACUACGAGCGCAAUUCACCGCUCCCAUUCUCCACGCAACAGGGUGCACCGUACAGCUCAACAAGUGCCUUCGAACUACUACAGCUGGAGCUCGACUACUUCUACGCCAACUACACCGACAUCAACCACUGCAUCCCAUCCGAUGAUACUCUUCAUCUCGAAGCUUGCUGUAUUAUCUUCGGCGCGGAAAUGAACUACCAACAUCCCUCCACAGCAUCAUCCUGGCUCCGCGACCUUCUGAUGAGCACCGAAUAUAUCGUGAACAAAGCACGUAUGACGCCUAUGAAGAGUGCAGCUAAGUCUCGCUUCUCGGAGUUGAAGAUUCAUAGCAAGAAUGACAUUUUUGAGGAUUGUAAGCUUGAGACGUCGCUGAGGCAGUAUGUUGAUAUGCUGCAGUUGUUGAAUCUGGAGAUUGGAGAUGCCGAGUUGCAGAAGGAGGCUUGUUCGAUCAUUAACCAUAUGCCUGACUCUUCGCCUAUGUUUAAUCAGUUAUUGGUUGGUUUGGUGUAUGGUUCAACAGGUUGGUUGGCUUCCUUUCGAGACAGGGUAGGACUACCGAUGUCUGAAGGGGUUUCAUCAAACACGCAGGAGGGCGUCGUCCCCCAUCUACUUUCCUCCAACAGCCUUCAUGCGAUAUCAAGGAAUGGCCCAGAGCACUGCAUACCAUCGAGUGGUCUCAACUCGCCACCUAUGUCUCAAGGACAGAAGAUCGUCUCGUUGAACGAUGGCAACAUGUACAGAGGUCUGACCAGAGACUUGACCCGCUACGUCGCGAGAACCAUCUCACCUUUGAACCCUACCAGCCACGUCCCAACCGACGAAGAACUCCAAUACCAAGCACGAUGGAUAAUGUACGAUAGCCACGAUGUAUGGAAUCAGACUCCAGCAGAUAAUCUCGAUUGGCUCACCGAAUUUAAGAGGGACUCUGGCUUUUUCUAG